AUGUCGGGCCUCAAGGACUUUCUCUGCAUCAUGCCAGAUCACGAAGGCGCGCAGGAAAAACGAUUAGCAGUGAGGACUGAGCAUCUCGAUAAUGCAAGGGCGCAAAACAAAGCCAAGCAUUUCCUGUGGGGAGGCGCUAUGGUCGCAGAACACCCGGCUCCUGAUACCGUCCCGACAUUCAAGGGCUCUGUGCUUGUCAUGCAAUGCAAGACUGCAGAUGAAGCAUGGGAGCAUCUUCGGAAGGACAUCUACACGACGAGCGUUCCCGCAGAGUUGGUGCCACUCGCCGCUGUUCUUGCUCUUGGUGUUGGCGCCGCCGUCUUCUCUAUGGGCCGAGCCCUCUUCACAGAUCCUACUUUGCGAUUGAUGCCAUCGAAGAAGGCUCAGCACUAG